UUACUUUAAUUACUUCAGUCAUUUUAGUUACUUCAGCUACUUUACUUGGUAAAUUAUUAGUAGUUAAUAAACAAGUUUUAUUGUUACUUACAGAUGAUUCUUUCAAUUUUUGUGCAAAAUCUUUAUAA